AUGUGGAAUAAUGUCAAAGGUUUUGAAAGCCAUGCAGCAUCAAAUUCUAAGAACCCUUAUGCCGUGGAUGUGAUCCGGACAAAGAGAAGGGAUUUGGUUUAUGGUAUCUCACAUACUGAGGAUCUCCUGAAUCUUUUGGUUGCAGAGGGGGUUAUGACAACAGCAAGGAGAUCUAUUGUUUUGUCCAUCAGGACCCAUAAAGAUCAGAACUCCAGGGUCCUGGACAUCCUGGAGGCCAGAGGUGAACGAGCAUGUCGGAAAUUCUUCCAUCCGUGUCUUAUGCUGGCAGAACCUGAACUAUACCAGCGAAUCAAGACCUAUGUAAGGAGUAUGAACGAGCAAGUUCAAGAUAACAGGAGACAGCUGAUUGGGUAUUUGCUGGAGAGAGAUUGUGAAUGGGGGGGAAAAUUAACAGAUCAAACUGGAACCCAGAGAACUUAUACUAAAAGGAUUAAAAAAGGAUCUAGUGUUACAAAGAAAGGAAGUGGUACCAUAGUACUUGCAACAUCAGAGCAUACACCAGCUCAAAGUAAACCAGAAAGCCUCAUUUACAUGGCUGCUAGAAAAGGGGAUCUCUUAUUACUUGAGGAGCUGUUAAAAGACAGUGAUAUCAACACUGUCAAUUCUUCCAAAGAAACUCUAUUACAUGUAGCUGCAGAAAAUGGGCAUUUAUCCAUCGCUGAGCUCUUGAUUCAAAAAGGGGCUAGAUUGGACCUCCAGAAUGACGCUGGCCACACAGCUCUUCACAGAGCAGCCAGCAGAGGGCACACAGAGCUCAUGAAGACCCUAGUGAAGGCUGGGGCCCCUAUACAUACUCUGGAUUUGAAAGGCAAAACUCCCAUUCACCUGGCAGCAGAAAAUAGGCAUCUGAAAUCUGUAAAACUCCUGGUGGAGGAGGAAGCCAGGCAGUCUGAAAGUCACAGACAGAAUAUGUUUCUGCACAUGGCUGCCAUGGAAGAUGAUUGGAGGUUGGCUGAGUUGCUGUUGCAGAGCGGGGCCACUGUUGAUGCCUUAAACAGCCAUAACAAAGCAGCUCUGUUUUAUGCAGUCAAGGAGAGCAAUGAGAAAACAAUGACUGUCCUUCUCAAUGCAGGGGCUAAAGCUGACUAUGAUGUCAUAUAUGAAGCCAUUAAUCUUCAUCAAGAAUCAAUUCUCCAGCUGUUGCUUGCUAAUGCCAGAGGAGUCCUGAACAAAGAUGCCCUGGGCUCUGCUCUCUUUUCAGCUGUUCGAAUGAACUUUGAUGGUGCGGUGAGUGCACUGAUAGACAGUGGAGCAGAUGUGAACAUGCGCGACGGUCGCAGAUAUACGCCUCUCCUACUGUCAGCUGAGCUGGGACACUCAGAAGUCUUCAGUGUUCUCGUAGCAAAAAAUGCAAAACUGGAUGCUACUUUAUCUGACCUCUCUUCAGCAUUGCACUUGGCUGCUCGCAGUGGUAGCAAGCCCAUAGUGCACACACUGCUAGAAAAAGGACUGGACCCAAACAUUAAGGGAGCUAAAGGCCACACCCCUCUCCACCUGGCAGCUCAAUGUGAUGGGCCUGACAUAACUGGUCUGCUGUUAAAAGGUGGAGCACAGGUAAAUGUAGUAGGCCAGGAUGGUCUGACCCCUCUGCAUAUAGCCAGCAUGCAGGGUCACACAGACACAGUGAUCCAACUUCUUCAUAACAAGGCAGAACCUGGAGUCAAAGACCGGCUGGGGAGGACAGCCCUGCACUGGGCAGCCUUUUCCCAGGUAGAUAGUUGUGUGGUGGACUUGCUGCUGUCAGCCAAAGCUGACCCAGAUGCCACUGAUAAUGAGAAAAAAACUCCCCUCCACCUGGCUGCUAUGGAGGGAAAAGUAGACGUGGCGAUUUCACUGCUUUCCCACAGGGCAAAGAGGCGAGCUAGAGACAUGGAUGGCUCCACUCCUCUUCAUUACGCAGCAGCUGGUGGGCACGUCAGUGUGGUUACAGCCCUUCUUCAGCCGCUCAACAAUAAGGGGACUGAAGACAGGAAUGCAUGGAGGAAAACACCACUUCAUGCUGCAGCUGAGAAGGGACAUGAUAGUGUAGCUCUGCGGCUCCUGGAAGCUGGGGCCAAGAUAAAUGCUACAGAUCACAAUAAAGACACACCUCUGCACUGUGCUGCACGUGGUGGACACCACAAAGUAAUGAAAAUACUUGUAAACUGGGGACAAGCUGGAAAUGUAGGAUGGAGGAAUAAAGCCAAUCUGCAGGCUAAAAAUAAUAUAGGGAAGACACCAUUGCAAGUUGCAGAAACUAAACACACACCAGAGCAUGAGAACACUGCAAUUUUACUCAAGAGGAAGAUGUUUCUUAUGAAGUAA